AUGGAUCACAGGCAACAGUGGACAAGGCAAAAGCAUUCUCAGGAAUGGCCAACAGAAACUGUCUUCCAGCAUGUUCACUUGUACACGGGAGAACAUAUUCCCUCGACAGGUGCUCGGAAUUUCCGGCGUCAGCGAGUUCCUUACGACCAACCCAAAUCUGUAAAAUACCGACCAAAUGUGGCCAUUGUGGGGCUACUUGUCUUCUUCAUCAUGACCACAAUCACUGCAGUCACUGUUCUGUUAUUAAGGGAGUUAAACCGGAAUUACCCGGAAGUACAUGUAAAGGUCAAGGUAAGCCCAGAAGCACUAAUGUCUGCAUAUCCUGGAAUGUUCCGUACCGUUGACGAAAAAACCGAAGAUUUAAACACCGAACAAAAACUUGAGGGAUUAAAACCAGUCAGACAAUUUGUCAGCAUAGGAUCAACAUGUAGUGUUUCGUGUGAUUCAUCUACAGCAACUUCAUCUAUCCGAGAUGUUCCGAACGUCAACACACAGCCGCCAUUUACACUGCAUUCGAACACAUUGAGGGAUCAAAUGAUCAAAUCUAAUAUCACAGGUGUAUCCAGGCCGCCAAGAAUACGAGACAAGAGAUCAUCGUAUCCAGAUGAUUCCCUGUACCACGGAUGUUGCGUGUCAAACUUCUAUCAUAUAAGUCCCAAGACACUGAGAACUAUUGAGGGACAUUCCAGAACUUUGAUACAGCUCACAAACACGAGACAGUUAUUUCAAGUUGAGAACUGCAGCCAGGCCAUUGGCUGUGACGGGUGUACCUGUAUGACACAACAGGUGUUGACCACUGCUGUUGUACUGAAGACAGACUUGGAAUAUACCGCGAAAACAACGAUGGAUGAUCUUGAAAUCCAAAUGUUUUAUUUUGAUGGUUGUUGUAAAUGCUUAAAUGUUGGUUCUAAGAAUUGA